CGCUCUCUCUCUCUCUCUCGCGACCCCUCCCCGACAGCUUCCCGUUCUCCGCCAUCAACGCUCGCGUAUGACCCACGUGUCCGUCCUCGAUCCUUGCGUGCGACCGCUCCCCCCUCCCCUUUUUGUUUUGCUCGCAGGACCCCUGUGCCCGUCAUCGGUUUUGGUGGCACUUUUGAACUCAAAACUGCAAUCUUUCUUCCCUUCUCCCACUACCCAGUACGGACCACCAUCUUCCUUCUUCGGGAAAACUGUUUCCCAGAAGGGUAUUGCAGAUUUAUAUACUGGGGCUCUGUUGGAACUGCUCGUUUGAUCAUGUCGUCUCGGUCGCAGCAAGAGGAGUGAAAGCUGCUCCCCCUUCAUUGAUUAUGAAAAUGCUUAGCUUCUUGCUAAAGAAAGAUGUGAGGAAGAUUCUGAAGCGCAAGGACAGCGAUGUUGGUGAAAAAGGACGAGCUCUGGAAGACCUGCGAGCCUCUUUGUUUAAUGAAUUUCGCUCGUCUGAGGGUGCCAAGCGUCAGCAGCAACGCAUAUGUCGACCAAUUGUUGCUCUUUCGUUCAAUUUUGUUGUUGCUGUCGGUAUUAUAUUCACGAAUAAACUGGUGCUUAAGAAUGUUGGAUUCGAGUUCCCUAUAUUUCUCACUUUCAUUCACUAUGUAGUAAGCUGGGUAUUAAUGGCUAUUCUGAACGUUUUCUCCAUCCUUCCUGCAUCCCCUCCUUCAAAGUCAAGCCGUUUAACUUCCUUAUUCACUCUGGGGGUCGUGAUGUCUCUGUCAACUGGCCUUGCUAAUGUUAGCCUGAAGUACAAUAGUGUGGGUUUUUAUCAGAUGUCCAAGAUUGCUGUAACACCAUCAAUUGUUCUGGCUGAAUUCAUUUUCUACGACAAAAGAGUAUCUUUCUUGAAGGUGCUUGCACUUACAGUUGUUUCCAUUGGCGUUGCUGUGGCUACCGUUACAGAUUUGCAAUUCGACUUUUUUGGUGCGUGCGUAGCAUUGGCAUGGAUAGUCCCAAGUGCAGUUAACAAAAUUCUGUGGUCCAGGUUGCAACAGCAGGAGAAUUGGACAGCUUUGGCGUUAAUGUGGAAGACAACACCAAUCACCCUGGUUUUCCUUGUGCUUUUAAUUCCUUGGCUUGAUCCCCCCGGCGCCUUCUCUUUUGAUUGGACCUUCAACAACACAGCGGCCAUUCUCAUGUCAGCUUUUCUCGGAUUCUUGCUUCAGUGGUCCGGUGCUUUGGCACUGGGGGCUACAUCUGCCAUAACACACGUAGUCCUUGGACAGUUCAAGACAUGCGUUAUUCUUCUAGGAAAUUACUACAUUUUCAGUUCCAAUCCUGGUAGAACAAGCAUUUCAGGGGCAUUUGCAGCGAUCGGUGGCAUGUCCUUGUACACUUAUCUGAAUAUACAGAACCAGAAACAACAACCCAGCAAAGCAACUUCCCGUCAAGCCUCUUUACCAAAGUCGAAACUGAAGAGAGAAAAUGGCAAUACUCAGGAUGGAAAUUUCGGGUCUGAAGCUGUCUAGACCGCUGCUCAGCAGUCACACUAGGAAGAUUGAUACUCAACAUCUCAGAAGACAAGAAAACUGCUGUGUCACUGACCCCCACACAUUGUUUCGUUCCAUUUAUUUAAUUUCAUAGGACGUUGCAGGAUAGCUCUCUCCAAAUCAUGGUUGAUUUGUAAAACCCAUAUGGGUAGCAAGAUAUGUUCCUGAGAGGAUUUGCUUGUUGCAUAGUGAUGCCCUCUUUGAGCUGA